GGCCCCAAUCUAUCACAGCAAGACUCCUUCCUCGUUGAGGCUCCCGUCACUCAUCACUGCAAUCAUGGACGCUGAACCCAUCUCCGUUCACCUGUUAGCUAUCCUAUCUUGGGCCUCUGAGGAACCAUUACGCGCAGGAGGCAUAGUGGGUUUAACGGUUGUGCUGGGGUACGCUCUCACUCGAGCGUUCAAGUCAGACCCACUCUCCCAUAUCCCCAUUGUUGGCCCAAAGUCCUACGUCGGCUCUUACAUCUAUGCCCUCAAACAUGCCGUUCGCAUGCAACCUGCCAUCCGUGAGGGUUAUCUCAAGUACGGCGGGCGCCCUUUCCGCAUCCCUACCUUGUACGGCUGGCAGGUCGUGCUCGCUAGUCCGGACCUACUCAAGGAGGUGGGUCGAGCCCCAGAUGACUCACUUAGCUUCUUCGAGGCUGCGAACCAAGACUUCAAGCUGGAACAUACCAUGGCUCACCGCUCGCACCACACGCAUUUGCACGUACCUGUUAUCCAAAACCGCCUUACUAGGAAUCUGGCGCGUCUGUUCACGGACAUACGAGAGGAGAUUGUAGCUGCUUUUAACGAUGGACUCGGACUGCAGGGGAAUGAUUGGAAGGCCAUCCCAGCACAUGACAUGGCGGCGAACGUCGUCGCGCGCACGAGUAAUCGCGUAUUCGUUGGGCUUCCGUACUGUCGCGACCCCGAGUACAUCGACCUUUGCAUUCGAUUCACCCUCGACAUCGCCAAAGCUGCGAUAACUAUCAAGCUGUUCCCUAAGAUUCUAUCUCCCCUCGUUGCACGCUACUUGACGAAUGCGCACAACAAUCUUCAACAUGCGCAUAAGCUGCUUGGACCCAUGAUUGAGGAACGUCUACGGCUAGAGGCUGAGCUAGGAGAUGAGUGGACUGAAAAGCCCAAUGACCUCCUCUCAUGGUGCAUCGACGAAUCUAAGGGAAUCGAACGCACACCAUACGAGAUCGCCCGUCGGAUCCUCGUUAUCAACUUUGCUGCAAUACACACGAGCUCAAACAACUUCUGCCAAGCACUUUUCAAUAUAGCCGCUUACCCCUCCUACGUCCCCGCCCUGCGCGAAGAAGUUUCCCGCAUCGUCACAGCCGAGGGGUGGACGAAAGCAGCGAUGGGAAAGAUGGUAAAACUAGAGAGUUUCCUCGCAGAGACGAUGCGUCUCGAGGGACUCAAUAUCCUGACGAUGCAGCGCAAAGCAAUGCAUGACAUCACUCUCUCAGACGGAACAUUCGUCCCCGUUGGCACCGUCGUCGCUGUCGCCGCGGACGUGCGCCACCUCGACCCCGCGCUGCACGGCGACGAGCCAGAAACGUUUGACCCGUGGCGGUUCCUCAAACACGAUGGGCCUUCGCCCGCAGAUGGCGUAGAAGGGGAAGAAGGGGAAGAUAAGGUUCAGAACAGAGUUGUUAGCGUGAACGAGGAUUGGUUGGUGUUCGGGUAUGGUCGACAUGCAUGCCCAGGCCGGUUCUUCGUCGUGAACGAGCUCAAGGCCAUGCUCGCACACGUUCUCGUGACAUACGACGUCAAGCUCAUGGACGACGCGCGCGGCGAACGGCCUGCGAGCUUCGUGCUGGGCGCGAGUCGUGCGGCCAAUCAGACGGCGAAGGUAAUGUUUAGGAAGCGCGCAGAUUAAGUACUGUCAGGUAAUUAUUCGUGGUCUUUGAUCUGUUCGGUGUAUCUCCAUUUGUUAUCUCCCUAUGUAAUAUUAUCAUUGACUGACAAUGUGGAAUCGAAUGUGAACACAAGAU